AAAAAUUCCAGCUAACAAAAAAAAGGAAAAUAAAGCAGGUGUGCUCCGUAUGCAACAAACAGUCGAAGAACUUGGAUCUGAUCUAAGACGUUGAAAAAUUCGUCUAGGCAAAAGCCCUUCAACCGGUUCCUUUCCAAGUUGCCUCGGUCCUAUUCAGGCUUUACUUGCUCUCUUCCCCAACAAGGUAGCAUCUUUUUCCAUCAUAGGGUUUAGGGUUUAGCCAAUUUUCCGCCUAUAAGGUAAUUUCUUGACUAAAUUAAUGGCGCUUUGUUCAAUUUCGCGGUUUCUCUCGUCUUCAAUUCGCCUGGAAAACCCCAAAUUCUUAACCUUUCAUUUCACAACUGCCUCAUCUGCUGACAAAGUUUUCAAUCACCUGAAGAAAAACAACGGUGGCAACAUGGAGAAAACACUGGCCCCAUUUAGUGCUUUACUGGAUGCAAAAUCUGUCAGCAAUGUCUUAGAAAGGUGCUAUCCUGGCCAAUCUCAAAUGGGUCUUAGAUUUUUCAUUUGGGCUGGUCUUCAAUCUAAUUAUAGGCAUAGUUCUUAUAUGUACACCAAAGUUUGUAAAUUGUUUGGAAUUCAUCAAAACCCACAACUUCUUUUCAAUGUUAUUGAUGCUUAUAGAGCUGAGAGUUGUUUAGUUAGUCUUAAGACAUUUAAGGUGGUUUUGAAUUUGUACAAAGAAGCUAAACUUGCUGAUGAGGCUUUGCGGGUAUUGAGGAAAAUGCCGGAUUUUGGUUUACGUGCUGACACCACAAUGUACAAUGUUGUAAUAAGAUUGGUUUGCCAAAAGGGUGAUAUGGAUAUGGCUGGAAGUUUGAUGAGAGAGAUGGGUUCGAUGGAUCUUUGUCCUGAUAUGAUCACCUUUGUUGAGAUGGUCAAAGGGUUUUGUAAUGCAUGUAGGUUGGAGGAUGCUUGUGGGUUGUUUAAUGUUAUGAAGGAACAGGGGUGUUUGCCCAAUGUGGUGUUGUACUCGGUGCUUCUUGAUGGGGUUUGUAGGUGUGGGAAUAUGGAGAAAGCUUUGGAGUUAUUAGGGGAAAUGGAGAAAGAAGGUGGGAAUUGUAGUCCUAAUGUAGUAACUUAUACCUCUCUUAUUCAAAGGUUUUGUGAGAAAGGCAGGCUGUCGGAGGCAUUGAAGGUUUUGGAUCGAAUGGAAGCUUUUGGGUGUGCUCCAAAUCGCAUAACAGUUAGUUCUUUAAUUAAGUGCUUUUGUGCUGAGGAUCGAGUGGAGGAGAUAUAUAAGUUAAUUGAGAGAGUAGUAAGAGGAGGUAAUGUCUCCCCUGGAGAAUGUUACAGUUCUCUGGUGGUUUCUUUAAAAACAAAUCAAAAACCUCAUGAAGCGGAGAAGGCAUUCAGGAAGAUGCUAGAUAGUGGGAUGAGACCAGAUGGUUUGGCAUGUAGCAUUAUGAUAAAGGAGCUUUGUUUGGAGGGGCGGAUGCUAGAUGGAUAUCACUUAUGUGAUGAAAUUGAGAGUUUGGGAUGCUUAUCUUCCAUUGACUCUGAUAUCUAUUCCAUUCUUUUAGUGGGGCUAUGUCGACAAAAGCAUUCCUUGGAGGCUGUGAAGCUUGCGAGGUUAAUGCUCAAGAAGGGAAUUCGACCUCAAGCUCCUUAUAUCGACAGUAUAGUUAAAAUCAUCAAGAAUUCUGAAGAUGAGGAGCUAGUUAACAAUUUAACUAUAAUCGGAAGGUGACAUGAAAAAUUUUUACUAUUUUCAUAUGUCUCCGAGGCUCUUGUUUAACAGGAACAGAAUUUUUUUAACUAAUGACUAAGCUUGACAUCUCCCAUCAAGACAAGUAAUGCACACCGACGAUCUGCUCUUGUUUCAAUCAGUAACAAAUUAUGAAUCUUGGAAGUGGAAGUGAGCGGUGGGACUUAAUGUUCAAGGACUGACCUCAAGUACAUCGAGUAGUUAUCCACCUACAACUUGAAGAACUGUUCAAACCUUGUUGUUCCAUCGCCUUACCAUGCCAUGAUGGAGCUCAAUCAAUUAAAACCUUCUUGAUUCUUAGAUAGGUCAGCUUCUCUCUUCAAGUUGUUGUUGGUCUAGUAAUUGGGAUACAUUACUGAUUACUUGUGGCAUAAAGGGUGGUACCUGUAACAAUGAAUGAGAAUGGAAAUUGUGGAUGUUUUACUCAGGAUCAGUAUGCUUGUGGUAGAUGAAGAAGAAGACUUUCAUUGGAGAUAAUAUGGUAAGCACCAUGUAUGGAAUCUGAAAACAUUGCUUGCUGCCUUGUAUGAAAAAGCUCGCACCGUAAAUUGCAUAAUGAAAUGGUAGAUUGUGGGUCAUUUAUGCCUUUUGAGUUUUGACAUGUAGAGAGCUUAUGCUAGUAUCUUCUUUCUACUUUGCCAACAGAGGUCUAAUGAGAACUCAGAGAACGCCAUUUGGAAUGAUGUCACCGUUAAUUUGACAUUCUGAACAUUAAAAAUGAUAUAUGAAUUAUUCCAACUUCGCCUAACCCAUGGUAAACAUGCAGACCCCUCUUGUAUUUCUGAAAUUUGUACAUUUACUUAAAAGCUUAAGCUUAUAGGCUGUGAAUCUAACAAUGUAUAUCCACCUAACACAAAACACUUAAAACAGUUAACAUUCUUGUAGACUGACUACUAAAAAAUUUUUCUAUGGCCUGAAUUAGUGAAGACCUAUUCUGGAUUCUCCAUGCAUGUUUGAUUUAAAUGAAGAUCUUUAUCUUGAGCUCCGCAUUUUUUUUCUCUUUUGUCCAAUAGUGGGGAACCUAGCGGGCUUGCACGUGCUUGAUGUGGUGUAUUCAUGCAGAUCCAUCUCCUACACUUCGUUAGGAUUUGAUAUCUGUCUUUGACAUUGAUCCAUAUAUUUGGUGAUCAUUAAGUUUCUACCUGCACAAAGUGUGAUAGAGAUGGCAAGCUAAUCACUGAUUAUUGUCAAAGAUGUGGAGGCAAUGCCCAAGUACAGUCAAAGCGAAAUAUGAUUGUGGUUAUACCAGCUCGUGUUAGUGAUGGAGCUACAAUGUAACUACGGGGGGAGGAGUGGAAUGUUGAUAAUAAAAGUGGAAAAUUCUCAUAUAUAUAUAUAUAUAUAUAUAUAUAUAUCCUGUCAGGUGUAUAGCUGGUGAUCCUUUUAUAAUGCACCAUAUAGAUGAAAAACAUGGUAUUAAGAGGGAUGGUCUCAAUCCGUAUUCAACAAUAAAUGCAGGAUUAUACCAACGCCAUAUUAGGGACUGUCAUAAAGGUACUUUUUGUUCCCUGUAAUUGAUUUGACAUUAGGUGAUCUAAUCUGCCUUUAACCUUUCAUUUUUUUUUUUUUUUUUUUUUCCUAUGAAGGAUGUAAUGAUUGUUAUCAGAACCAUAUAUAUCAUUCUUUUUAUGCUUCAUGAUAUUUUUUUGUCAGCAUUUUAAAAUUUGUUAUGUAUCCUCACCGAAGAACUGUUAAUUAAGUCUGUGUGGUUGAUUUGAUGCUAAAAUUAUUUUGGCGGUUUCAUUAGUACAUUCUGUUGAUUAAUCUGAAUGCCUUUUGCAAUGUGUUUUUAUAAUAUAUGGGUAAGUUUUGUAAGAUAAGAGUCCCUAAGGAAAUUUGUAACUUACAACAAUUGCAACUACUACACUAAUGGGUAAACAAUACAUAUAUUUUUGCUUCAUUUUCAUGCUCCCAAACUUAAAUGGGCUGGUAAUGCAGCUCAUUGAUGCUGCUUUUUCAUCGUAGAAUUUGUUUGUGAUUCUGCAAAGAUGUUUUGUUGAUUGAUAAGAGCCAUUUUGCUUUAUAUUCUUAGGGUUAUUUGCUUGCUUACUGUUUUGGGUAGGUAAGAUAUAAGCACAUAGGAUGCAUACAUUUUUUUCAGAAACCUUCCACUUUGCCACCAAUAUUUGGGAUUAGACAUUAGAGCAGUUGUUAAAAAUGGGGGCAUGAAACGCUGGCCCAUCAUGGGUGAUGGUCACUGUGGACCUUGAGUUAUUGUUACCUUGCCCCUGAAUUGCCUUGUAUAUCUUGUUUUAAAAUUAUUGCAUUAUGAAUUUGUUAGGGGAUUCCGUUGAAUAAUUCAUCUCUUGGGCCAUAAUUAAUCGAUUAUGAUGUUUGAAUAAGUAGGGGGGUGGGUCUGUGAGGGUAAAUAAUGGGGAAAAUAAAGUAUAGAGUUAGACCAAUGUGGUAAUGCAGACGGUUGAAAACUUAAAUUCUUAUCAAACUUCAUACUUAAGCCAUUUCAUAGCUUAUGUUUCAAUCUUGUUUUGAUUUAAUAUCAUGAUUGGAAUGUGGCAUUGUUUAGUCUUGAUAUAAUGGUAAUUUUACUAGGAAUUGAGAAAAAAUUUAAGCUACUUCAUCAUUAAAUUGAAAUGGAUCCUUGCUGCUGUGUGCGUAGAAGAAUGCAGUACUUUUACUAUAUAAUUUUCAGUCUUCACAUUUAUUUUUCCUGUACGUGGAUUUCUGAAUAAAUUCUGCUUAUUAUGUUAGUUUUAUGUGGUAUCUGCUAUGCUUUUGUCUAUUAGUUUUUGAAUGGUUUAUGAGUCUUGGUAAUAUUUCUUAAUGGUGUACAACCCUUAUAUUUCUCUUAAGUAUGCAUAUAAGUUGCUUUUGAAAGAAAGGCUUAAAGCAACAUCAGGUAGAAACUGUUGAUGAGUUGCGAGAUCUUUAAAUUCCUUCUAGGAUUCAGCCUGUAGAAAUGCUAAAAGUUGCCACAUAUGGGUGUUCCAAACAUCAACAAACCAUCUAUUCGUUUAUGAUGUUUUCUAGCUUUGUGCCAACACAAAGCUAUGAAAGGGCUUGCGUUUGGCUGCAGCAGGGUGUGGUGAUUAACAAACAAGCGUCCUUUUGAGAAAUUGUCUUACCAGCAGGCUGAAAUUGAUCUGUGCUGGCAGAAAAAUGUACUGUGUAUAGUUUGUUACAGAACUACAAAUGAUGCACAAGUCUUUAAAAUCACUAGCUUGCAGUCAAACUAACAAAAAUGAAGGAAUUCAUAUACCUUGUAUAAAAACAAUCUCAAGGACCUUUGAAGGAUGAGGAGCGUGCACUCUUGGAACAUUUGUCAAAAGUAUUUAGGAAAGGCUAUUAAGUUUUUUCAGAGGCACUGGUGUCAUUUUCAUUGUUAUACUUACCAUUGCGAAGUUACCAUCAAAUAUUUACUUUGUUAAGUUACAUCAUCUUAAGACCUUAAAACAGUUUGGAAAAUGGUCUAAGCUAUAUAUAUCACUCCUACAUAAAGAUGCUAUUAAAAGCACUCUCCUUCAUAUGUGGCAUCCAUUAAAUGGGACAUAAAUUGGGCCUUACACUUGCAACGUGAUAAUUUAAUAGAAAUGGGAUUGGUAGGAUUGUAGGAUUCAAAAACAAGAAUAGAGUGUUGGAAAAUAAAAGAUUUAGUUGUAAUACAUAGAAUAUUAGGAGAUUUGAUUAGCUUGUAAGUGAUUUGGUUAAUAACGUAAAAUAAGAAAGUUAAUAAUCAGUCAGCUAUUGUGUGAAUAUUUUUUUCUGAUUAGUUUGAUAGUCCCCUCUA